UCUCUUGCGCAUUUUCUCGAACCAACCUCAACCCUCUUCUUUCCUUUAUAUUCCUCCUCGCCCAUCAAGAGACCUUGAAGCUCAAAGCCCAAUGGCCUUCGCUCACUAUUUGCUCGCUGUUCCAGUUGAGCCCUCAAAGCACCUCAAAACUUCUCUGCCUACGUCAUUUUCCUCUUAUUCUUCUUCUCCGUCUCUGUUUUCUAUAGCCUUUGCUUCGUCUUCGCUCCGGUCCAAAGCUCGUAAGCCCUCUAUCUUCUCCAGGUUCCGUAGAAUCGGACACAAAGCUAAGGCUAAGCAGAAAGAGUCUGAAGUCAGUCUAGCCGAAGAUGCCUUUAAUUUCAAGCAUCUGCUUCUUCCAAUCACGGAUCGGAAUCCUUUUCUAUCUGAGGGAACAAGACAGGCUGUAGCAACUACUGCUGCUUUGGCUAAGAAGUAUGGGGCUGACAUCACGGUUGUGGUUAUUGAUGAAAUGCAGAAAGAAUCGUUGCCGAAGCAUGAGACCCAACUCUCUAGCAUCCGCUGGCAUCUCUCUGAAGGUGGGUUCCAGGAAUUUAAGUUGCUAGAGCGACUCGGGGAAGGUAAUAAGCCAACAGCCAUCAUUGGUGAGGUUGCUGAUGAUCUGAAUCUGGAUUUAGUAGUUAUAAGCAUGGAAGCAAUUCAUUCCAAGCAUGUAGAUGCAAACCUGCUGGCUGAGUUCAUUCCCUGCCCUGUCAUACUUUUGCCUUUGUAAAAUGGUUUGUUUUCAUCCCUAGCAAUUUCUGAACCGUGCGUUACAAAUGCCAAUCUUGUUCGGAUGGCUUUUUUCUUUUCUUCUGUUAAUUAUCGGACUUGUUUGGCAGCCCUUUCUCUGUGGGGCUGCCUGAAUUACAUACAAUUUGGGCAGCCAAGCCAAUUGCAGGGAUCCCUAUCCAUGUGGCCCAUGUCUUUGUAGUGCGCUUGCGGGAAUUAUGAUUUCUUGGCAAAUUUGUGGGGAAGUUCUUACCCAAAUGAACUUUGUCAAGUUUAAAAAAUGAUGCUGGAUUUUGACCUACCUAUUUAUUUAUUUCGCUGAACUUGCCGAA